GUCAUUCUGUCUUGGAUCGCUUCAGCAGAAGGCCGGUUUCGUCUUCGAAUACGAAUAACGGAUUAUUCGGAAUCUGGACACGACAUUCGCGUUUUAAGCAGCCGCAGUUCUUCACUUCUCCUCGAUCGUUUCGGUUCAGCUUUUACGAUCGAACGUUCGACGUACGAAUUAAAACAGAGGUAAUCGUAGAUAUGCGGAUUCUUUUGUUGUUCGCGUCCCUUGCAUUGGCUAAUUGCCACGAAGUGAAGACAGUUUAUUCGUGGAGCAAUGUCGAGUACAAUUUCCCAGUCACUGUCAAUCCAGACACCCUAACGUCCGAUGGUGAAUACAUUCCGGAAAAUAACGUGCCACUUGGCAUGGAAGUUUGGGAGGACAAAAUCUUUAUUACCGUGCCACGAUGGAAGAACGGUGUCGCGUCGAAUCUAAACUACAUUUCGAAGAACGACACGUCAGUAGAAUCUCCGAAAUUAACUCCGUAUCCAAGUUGGGAGAUAAAUUACAUAAACACGCCUAACGGCAUCGUAAGCAUCUUUCGCGUGAAAGUCGACUCCUGCGAUCGAUUGUGGGGCGUCGACACGGGUAUCGAUGAUAUUCUAGGGACAACCAGGCAAGUACGACCGGUGAGGAUUUUCGUCAUCGACUUGAAAACGGACAAGAUAUUGAGGAUCUAUCCUCUGAAAAGUACAGACCAAGUGUCUAAUUCUUUCUUCGCCGACUCGGUAGUUGACGCGGAUCCGGACAACUGCGAGAACUCGCAUCUCUAUAUUUCGGAUUUGAGUGGAUACGGCUUGGUUGUUUACAGUUGGGCCAAGAACGAUUCCUGGCGGAUCUCGCACAACUUCUUCCACUUCGAUCCCCUUCACGGAAACUUCAACAUCAGCGGAUUCAACUUCCAAUGGCAGGAUGGCAUAUUCGGAAUGUCUCUGUCCGCGCCGCAAAGCGACGGUUACAAGACGUUGUAUUUCCACGCGAUGGCCGGCGUCACUGAAUUUUCAGUGUCCACCGAAGUUUUGCAGGACAGCACGUUGAAGAAGUCGAGCAGUUACGACGCGUUUCGCGUCGAGGGUGAUAAGGGCCCGCUCACUCAGGGGCCAACCUCCGUGAUCGACGCCGGCACUGGUAUCAAUUACUUCACUCAAGUGAGCAAAAAUGGCAUCGCCUGUUGGGAUACCAGCCUCGAACUGAACCCGAAUACCUUCAUUCUUGCGGCCCAGGACAACACGACGAUGAUUUUCCCCAACGAUCUGUCCAUCGAUCGGCCCACCAAUACGCUAUACGUGCUCUCCGACAACUUGCCGCAACAUAUAUUCUCUCACAUGGACACGAAGAAGCAUAAUUUCUUCGUCACGGCGGUCAAUCUCGAUUCCCUGACGCAGACAUGCAAGAAACAAGAUCUUAAGCUUAAAAGACGGCUUCCACACAUUCUGUAAUCAACUCACGCGAAUCUGUGAAAAUCGCAUCUAGCUUCAUUCGAAAUUUUCAACGAGAGUUUUGUCCUUUUGUAGUUAUACGUUUGUGAAAAUAUAAAUUUGCACAACAGACUAUAGUCUCAACUGGCUUUCAUCUGGCAUUUCUCUGACUCUAUCUUUAUUUAUUCACAGAAGUUAUACAAAAGAAUAUCCAGAACAGAUUACACGAUAUUAUGCGAAGAGCGCAUCGAAUGCAACAUGCUAUGUUCGUUAAUUAUCGUUAAUUUCAA